UUGACACUCCAGAUCCCUACGUGGAGCUUUUCAUCCCAACCGCCCCUGACUGCAGGAAGAGAACCAAGCAUUUCAAUAACGACGUGAAUCCCGUGUGGGAUGAGACCUUUGAGUUCAUUCUGGACCCCAACCUAGAGAACGUUCUUGAGGUUACACUCAUGGAUGCCAACUACGUUAUGGACGAGACUCUUGGCACAUCCACAUUUCCCAUAUCUUCUCUGAAACUGGGAGAGAAGAAGGAGGUCCAGUUAACUUUCAAUGAUGUCACAGAAAUGACUUUGGAAUUGUCUCUUGAAGUUUGGUGUGACCUUUCCCAAUGUUUGCAGGAACAAGACUAUCCUGUAUUCCGGCAACAGCGAAAAGAUAAUAUCAUGCACAGUAUCAAAUCAUUUCUGGGAGAGGAAGACAGCAAGAACUUGACCGCUUCCCGUGAUGUGCCGGUGGUGGCCAUCCUGGGCUCGGGAGGAGGGUUCCGCGCCAUGGUGGGCUUCGCCGGCGUCAUGAAGGCGCUGUACGAGUCAGGAGUUCUGGACUGCGCCACCUACGUCGCCGGCCUGUCUGGAUCCACCUGGUACAUGUCAACUCUGUAUUCACACCCAGAUUUUCCAGCAAAGGGCCCAAAGGAGAUUAAUGAAGAACUGAUGAACUCGGUGAGCCACAACCCCCUCCUGCUGCUGACCCCGCAGAAAGUCAAACGCUACAUCGAAGCUCUGUGGAAUAAGAAGAGCUCGGGGCAGCCUGUCACCUUCACAGACAUCUUUGGAAUGCUGAUAGGGGAAACACUGAUCCAUGAUAGAAUGGACUCCACUUUGAGCCACAUGAAGGAGAAGGUCAAUAAUGCACAGUGUGCUCUGCCACUCUUCACGUGUCUCCAUGUCAAACCAGAUGUCUCAGAGCUGAUGUUUGCAGACUGGGUGGAAUUCAGUCCAUAUGAGAUUGGGAUGGCCAAGUAUGGCACUUUCAUGUCUCCUGAUUUGUUUGGAAGCAAGUUUUUCAUGGGGACAGUGGUGAAGAAGUAUAAUGAAAAUCCCUUGCAUUUCCUGAUGGGUGUGUGGGGCAGUGCCUUUUCCAUACUCUUCAACAGAGUGCUCGGUGUCUCCAACUCUCAGAAUAAAGGUCCCACCAUGGAAGAAGAAUUAGAAAAUAUUAGGCUAAAGCACCUUGUAAGCAAUGACAGCUCAGACAGUGAAGAUGAAUCACAGCAUCCAAAAGGCACAGAGGGAGCUGAGGCAGCUGGGCAGAGCCAGGAGAGCAGCCAGGAGAGCUGGGUGCAGCGCAUGCUGAUGGCUCUGGUGGGGGACAGUGCCCUCUUCAACACCCGGGAAGGACGUGCUGGGAAGGUGCACAACUUCAUGCUGGGACUGAACCUGAACAGCUGUUACCCACUGUCUCCUCUGGCUGACCUCCUCACGCAGGAGUCCCUGGAGGAGGAUGAACUAGAUGCAGCUGUAGCAGAUCCUGAUGAGUUUGAGAGGAUCUAUGAGCCCCUGGAUGUGAAGAGCAAGAAGAUUCACAUCGUGGACAGCGGGCUGACAUUUAACCUGCCCUACCCACUCAUCUUAAGGCCGCAAAGGGGUGUCGAUCUCAUUAUCUCGUUCGAUUUCUCAGCGAGGCCGAGUGAUUCCAGUCCUCCUUUCAAAGAAAUUCUGCUUGCUGAAAAAUGGGCUAAAAUGAACAAGCUUCCUUUCCCCAAAAUAGACCCAAACGUGUUUGAUCGAGAGGGCCUGAAGGAGUGCUAUGUUUUCAAACCUAAGGACACCUCCUCAGAGAAGGACUGUCCAACCAUAAUCCACUUUGUUCUGGCCAACAUCAACUUCCGCAAGUACAAAGCUCCAGGUGUUCCCAGAGAAACACAGGAAGAGAAGGAUUUUGCAGACUUUGACAUUUUUGAUGAUCCAAACACACCAUUUUCUACCUUCAACUUCCAGUACCCCAAUGAGGCCUUCAAGAGGCUCCACGAUCUAAUGGAGUUCAACACCCUCAAUAACAUAGAUGUGAUCAAGGAGGCGAUGAUGGAGAGCAUCGAGUACAGGAAGGAGAACCCCUCGCGCUGCUCCGUGUCCCUCAGCAGUGUGGAAGCAAGGAGGUUCUUCAACAAGAGCAAUCUCAACAACCACCACACGUAGAGGCUGCGCCAAGGUCCUGCUCUUCCCAGAAACUGGUUCUGGCUUUAGAACUGGAGUCAAAAAGACUUUACCAGAGCGUCACCACUC